AUAGGUAAAGCCGUGUUUGAAUGAAUGUAAUGUUGGUGUAGGAUUAUUAACUAAGAGUAAUAUUUAAUGAAAUAAUAAGUUAAAUAUAUUAAAAAAUGGCAGAGUUAUUAUUGGAUCCGAAAAUACGUUUAUGGGUAUUUUUACCCAUUGUGAUUAUAACAUUUUUGGUUGGAAUUGUUAGACAUUAUGUAUCGAUUAUAUUAUCAUCACAGAAGAAGAUAGAAAUAAUCCAAGUUCAGGAUAGUCAAGUGAUGAUUCGUGCUCGGCUACUGCGUGAGAACGGCAAGUAUUUGCCGAGACAGUCCUUCGCAAUGAGACGACAUUGGUUCAACAAUGAGGAUACGGGAUAUUUCAAAGUUCAAAAACGGGCAGCAGCUUCACAAAACCCCAUGACUGACCCAGGUAUGAUGACUGAUAUGUUGAAGGGUAAUGUUACAAAUGUACUACCAAUGAUUGUCAUUGGUGGUUGGAUUAAUUGGAUGUUCAGUGGAUUCUUAACAACGAAAGUACCAUUUCCACUGACUCUUCGCUUCAAGCCCAUGUUGCAACGUGGUGUGGAACUGGCCUAUCUUGAUGCAUCCUGGGUCUCAUCAGCUUCAUGGUACUUUUUAAAUGUCUUUGGUCUACGCACAAUUUAUACACUUGUACUUGGAGAGAAUAAUGCUGCAGAUCAAUCAAAAGUGAUGCAGGAGCAAAUGUCAGGAGCAGCAAUGGCCAUGCCCCCUGAUCCUAAAGCUGCAUUCAAAGCUGAGUGGGAAGCUUUAGAGAUCACCGAGCACCGCUGGGCUCUUGCCACGGCAGAGGCUGACUUGCUUGUUAAUGAAGCAAAGGAACAAUAACAACAUUAAGUUAGAUUAAAUGUUUAUUUAAUCAACUAUUUUGGUGAACUGUGAAAUAGGAAUUUCAACUAUAGAAAUGAAUUAAAAUUAAAUGUAAACUAA